AUGCAAGUUCCUAUACUCGCGGCGGGCAUGUUGCUCGCCAUCUGCCUGAUUUACGCCAAGGUAACAAAAUUCUUUGAAAGUCUUCACGUUCAGUAUGCUGAGAAUUUUGCCAUCAAGACUUGUGUGAGCCGUCGAAAACAAACAGCGUCAACCCAAAAUCUGCCAUAUCCAGAUGAAAAGCCAUCACCCAUUGCACCCCUGGAAAACUUUGACUGGAGGACAAAGAAACCACCCCAGUUUCGAGGCUUCAAGCCCAAAUACAAUAUCUCGAUGGGCAUCAGGCGUGAUACUCCCUCUGAACUCCUCUCCAUUGACCACGACUACCUCGAUCGCGUCAACCAGCGCCGAGAGAUUCUCAAGCAGCAUGAAGACACAGUCUGUGGAUUUCUGCCAGGGGGAGAACAGGCUGUACUGGAGAUUUACGACUACUUUCUUACGGAGUAUCUCCCUAUCCGAUUUCCAACCAUGUUUCAGCUCUCCCAAGACGGAACCAUCUUCAAGAAUCUCGUCACGAACAGAUCCUUCCCCACAAAGGCCCGGGACAUCCGAUCUGCGCUUCUUAAUCUCGGCGAGACUGUAGAAGAGGAGCUAUUCCUGCUCGUCCCAGACUCUGACAGUUACCGGCUCGUUGCUUACGUCUGUUGUUUCCCUUCAAGUUUCGAUCCAGCAGAAAAGCUUGGGCUACUCUUGAAGGACAUUCACAAGCCUGUUCCGGGAUAUGAAAAGAUUGGGCCGAGUAUGGAACGAUUCUUUGCAAAGUUGCAAGUUGGCAGCCCGAUCAAACGACAGAACACUUUUCUACGAUCCGAGCUGCAAACCCUAACUCGUUUCCCAAAUACUCAAGCCAUCCUCUUCAGCUUCAAGACCUACUUGUACAAGGUCACCGACGUCAAGGCGCAGGGUCAGGGUCCCGAGUUUGCAGAGGCCAUCGAGGGCAUCCGGCAAGGCAAUGUUCCGGAAAUGUGGGAUUACAAGGGUGCACCGAGGUGGGGGGAGACCGUGUGCAGGUAUUUACGAUCAUAA